AUGGUUCCAGUGUUGAAGCCCAGUGGUUCGGUGAGAAUUUGUGUAGACCUUACAUCUCUCAACAAGGCAGUUGAACGAGAGAUUCAUCCGAUGUCUUCAGUCGAUGAAAGUCUAGCAAAACUGGGAAAGAGCACAAUCUUCACAAAACUGGACGCCAACAGCGGGUUUUGGCAAAUUCCAUUGGAGGAUGAGUCAAAGCUACUGACAACCUUUGUCACUCCAUUUGGGAGAUUUUGCUUCAACCGAUUGCCGUUCGGGAUAACGUCAGCGCCAGAAGUCUUCCAGAGAGCGAUGUCCACUAUCCUCGAAGGACUUGACGGCGUGAUUUGUCACAUGGAUGAUGUGCUAGUCCAUGGUGCAACACAAACAGAACAUGACAUCAGAGUACGAGCUGUUCUACAACGUCUGCAGGAAGCAGGUAUCACACUAAAUCAGGGAAAGUGUGAAUUCUCCAAACAGAGUGUGAAGUUCUUAGGGCACUUCAUCGACGACACUGGUGUCAAGGUCGAUCCGAGCAAAACAAGAGCUAUUCGAGAUUUUCCAGUUCCUCGAAGCGUGAAAGAGCUACAGAGGUUCAUGGGAAUGGUGAACCAGGUGGGAAAGUUUCUCCCAGGAUUAGCUGAGAUCAACGAGCCCCUUCGUCAACUCCUGAAGAAAGACAAUGUGUGGUGUUGGGGAGAAGCGCAGCAGAGAUCUUUCACACAGAUCAAAGAGAUGAUGGUCUCGACAGCAGUCUUAGCUCAUUAUGAUCCAGAACUGCCAACAGUCAUUGCAGCAGAUGCAUCCGGGACUGGAAUGGGUGCAAUCCUGUAUCAAGUGCAGACUGAUGGAAAUCGUAGACCAGUGUGCUAUGCAUCUCGAUCGCUUACCGAGACUGAGCAGAGGUAUGCAGUGAUUGAAAAAGAGGCACUGGCAGCUACUUGGGCGUGCGAGAGGUUCUCCGAGUAUGUACUUGGUCUUCAUUUCGAGGUGGAAACUGACCACAAGCCAUUGGUCACACUUCUAAACUCGAAAGAACUUGUGAAAAUGCCUCCACGACUCCAACGCUUCAGAAUGAGAAUGAUGAGAUUUGAUGCAGAGACAUUGUAUGUUCCAGGAAAACAGCAGACAUCCGCUGACGCCUUGUCACGAGCGCCAGUAGAGAGGCCAGGAAUGGAUGAUGUCAACUUCGUAGAUGAGGUUGAAUCAUAUGCAUCAACAUCAGCCAUCAACCUCCCAGUGACAAUGCAGAGAUUUGAGGAAAUCAGAAAUGCACAAAAAGCAGAUGAAGUAUGUGCAAAAAUCAGAGACUACUGCAUUCAAGGAUGGCCAGACUACAUGCCACAUAACCCGAUCCUCAAACACUACUAUGAGCAGAGAGGACACCUGAGUGUGGUAGAGGACUUGCUUAUCUACGACGAGAGAAUAGUCAUUCCGAGAGCUCUGCGACUUGAUAUCCUUGAGAGGCUACAUCAAGGACACCUGGGAAUAACCAAAUGCAGGGCCAGAGCCAGAGAUUCAGUGUGGUGGCCAGGUCUAUCAAAAUCAUUGGAGGAAAUGAUUUCAAGCUGCUUGACCUGUGCUAUCCAUCGCCAAGAGGUCCGCGAGCCUUUGAUGAGCUCAUCCUUUCCUUCAAGGCCAUGGGAGCGUCUUGGAAUGGACCUGUUCGAACUCAAAGGGAAAUCGUUCUUGAUAGUAGUUGACUACUACUCGAGGUGGAUUGAGGUCAAACAACUCCAAGGUCAGUCAACAAUGGCAGUGAUUUCUUCGCUGAAGGAGAUCUUUGCAGUCCAUGGGAUUCCAGACCUUGUGGUUUCAGACAAUGGUCCACAGUUCGCCAACGAGAACUUCAGAAAGCUUGCUGAAGAGUAUGGAUUCGUCCAUACAACCAGCUCUCCAAGAUACCCACAAGCUAAUGGUGAGGCUGAAAGAGGAGUUCGCACUGUGAAAGCGUUGCUGAAGAAGAACGACGACAUCCAGUUAGCCCUUCUCAGCUAUCGAGCGUCACCACUCCAAAACGGGUUAGCUCCUUGUGAACUUCUCAUGGGGAGGAGAUUGCAGACUCAGGUUCCUACUUUGCCGCACAUGCUGCUGCCACGGGUACAUCAGCCGGACCUGACGACUGUGAGAGAGAAAGAGGAGAAGUACAGGUCAGAUCAAAUGAUGACCUACAACAGACGUCAUGACUCACGUGAGCUUCCAGAGCUACAACCAGGAGAUUCCGUGUGGAUCCGUGAUCAGUCUCGCUACGGGAAAGUCACCCAGAAAGCGCAACAACCACGGUCCUACCAUGUCCAGACAGAACAUGGGACAGUACGUCGUAAUCGCCGUGCACUGAUUGCUGUCCAAGGUCAACCCACCAAGACCAGAGUGCCGGAGUCAUCCAUGAGCAACGAUCCAGAGAGACCUGACGAUUCUGAUGAAAGCGACUCAACCGGUUCCCAACGUAACCAGCAGAUCAACCGGAAGCAGCCUGAGGGAGCCUCUACACCAACAGCUGCGACAGAGACGCGAACGCGAUCUGGACGACUCGUGAAACCACCAAAGCGACUGUCCAUGUAA